CAAUCCUCACAUUAGGUGGAGCCUGGCUUUAUCUCUAAUCCUGGACUGGAUUCUGCUUUUGUUAAAUAGGCCUCUGCUGUGGCAGGAGUCCUUUUCACCAGGAGGGAUAUGGGAAUGAGAGUAAUUUUACCAGGAAUGGAAUGAAUAUUGAGCUCUGCAUAGCUUUUGGCUUUAUAUAAGAUAUGAACUGCUAUUUCUUUUCUAAAUAAUCCUACAGGAGAUAUGGCUGAGUCCAAACAGAAGGCUAAGUCUUCCUACAAUCCUUCAGAGGAAAACGGAAAGAAAAGUCAUAAAGAGAUUGAAACAUUACUCAGAAGACUUCACCUCCAGGACCAACAUCAACAGAUGCUAUCCUCAGAGGACUUUGUUAAAGUAGGCCCAUCUAUAAAACAGACUGAGAUUUUUGAAAAAGAUAAAGUUUGCAUGUUUUUUCAGAAGUUAUUGAUGUUAGACUACAGAGCUAGAUACAUACAUGUACAGCAAAAAAACUCUAAUGAGAAAAGCUCACAGUCCAUCUCAAGGUCUGAAAUUGCUGUCACAGAUGAAAAUGAUUUAGCAGCUCUUUUCACAGCAAGUGUAGACUUAAACCCGUCAAAGGAAAGUCAUGUACAUCCAAUGGAUGUUCAAAUGGCAGCAUUUCGCUGCUCAGAUGGCUUCCUUAAACAGAAAAUGAUAACCAAGCUGUCCCAAUGUCAGUAUGCCUUACCAUUGCUUAUCCCUGAUCCUGACACAACAAAUAUUGAGUGUCCCCUGUGGACAUUCAGACAAAUAACAAAAACAUGGAAAAUAGCUACAGUAGAAGAGAAUACAACCACUGUCACAAUGAAGAGCAUGCCAAUCUACAAAGCUCAGACUCCCAUGGUUUCAUUUUUCCGACUUGGCUCCAUGUCUUUGUCCAAAUCUCAGCUCAUGAAUGUCUUAAUCAAUGACCGCCACAACACAUUCUUCCAUAGAAACUGUCCAGGUAGCACCAAAUCUCGCCAUUUGAUGGAUGGUGUGGCUGAGAUUGCCUGGUACUGCCCUGCUGGAAAACCAAAUGAUUUCUUUACUGACUGCAUUGCCUUUUGUAAUCUUCAUGGGGAUUCACUAAAAAAUGUAAAACAGUGUGAAAUAUUGACUGAAAAGUCCUCAGUCAUCGUUGUUCUGGUUGAAACUUUGAAAGAAGGCCAGGAAAGUAGCAAAAUCAUUUCAGAGCUUUACAAGUCCCCAAAGCCUCUGAUUAUUCUCAUUGCUGACAAUGACUCAAGUGCAAUUCAGGUGAAAUCACAAAAAUACAAACUGGGUCUAAAAGAAAGAAGCCAGUCAGAUGUUUCUGAAGAACUGAAAGAGAUUAUAAGAGCCAUUUUGUCUGGACCUCACACAGCUUUUCAACUUGAAACUUUGGCCAACGACUCCAGAGUAUCGGCAGAUGAAGAUGCAGAGGAUUGCAGGAAUGGGAAAUCUGCUGCCAUGAAACUGGUUCAACUGAUUGAAGGGAAGGAUGUUUCUAAAAUAAAAGAUACAUUUCUUCCCUGCCAAGGCCAGCCUUGGUUCGAAUGGUGCAAAAUCAAAAAAGAAUCACACAACCUAAAGGGACACAUUGAAAAAGAAAAGGGUCAGAAAAAUCAGAGGCUGAUGGAGCUGCGACAGAAGCAGUGUGACCUGUCCAAUAGUGAACUGAUGAAGUCAUUCACUGAGAGCCUCAGGCGUUUGCCACCAAAAGACAGAGAAUAUUUCUUGAAAUGGACUCAGAUCCUGAUUGAUGCCCUCUCUACAGAUGAUCUUUCUUCAAUUCUCCAAGAGUAUGAUAACACAUGGUCAGAAGUCUUGGAACUAAAGAAGAAACAUAACAAAUCUGCUAACUUCGAUGUCAAACAAGCACAGCUUAAUCAUUUAUCAAAAAAGCUCCAAUCAGCAACUUUUGGUCUGGAACACAUCUUCAGAGAAAUGGGGCAGAUCUAUGAAGCCCAUAAAUCUAUCAAAAAAUCAUCAGCAGGCCAAUGGACUAAAUACCCUGAGCUGGCUGCAGAUCUGAUGAUAAAAGGACACCCAAUGGAGCUGAUGGAUGGUGAUGCAGGUCAUGUGCCUUUAAUAUGGGUCUCCAGUCUAAUACAGGAAGUCAUCAAGAAACUGGGUGACCAGCGAGUAUUUGUACUGUCAGUUCUAGGCGUACAAAGCAGUGGAAAGUCAACAAUGCUGAAUGCCAUGUUUGGAUUACAGUUUGCAGUGAGUGCUGGGAGGUGCACCAAGGGUGCUUACAUGCAGCUGGUUAAACUGUCAGAUGAAAUCCAGAAAGACUACAAGUUUGACUAUAUUCUAGUUGUUGACACUGAAGGACUGCGUGCUCUUGAGUUAGCAGGCAAUGACACCAUUCAUCAUGACAAUGAACUUGCAACAUUUGUUGUUGGUCUGGGAAACAUGACGCUGAUCAACAUCUUUGGUGAGAAUCCAGCUGAGAUGCAAGAUGUCUUGCAGAUCGUUGUGCAAGCUUUCAUGAGGAUGAAGAAAGUCAAGCUUUCUCCAAGUUGUGUGUUUGUUCACCAGAAUGUCACAGAUAUCGCAGCAGCAGAGAAAAACAUGGAUGGAAGAAGACGCCUGCAGGAAACACUGGACAAGAUGGCUCAACUAGCUGCAAAAGAGGAGGCAUGUGAUGCUGAGAGCUUUAGUGAUGUCAUCGAAUUUGAUGUGCAAAACGAUGUAAAAUACUUUGCUCAGCUGUGGGAGGGAAGUCCACCAAUGGCUCCUCCAAAUCCAGGGUAUAGUGAGAGUGUCCAAGAACUGAAGACCAUCAUCCUCUCUAAGGCUAAACUGUCUGAUGGGAUCCUUCUGUCACAUUUGAAUACAAAGAUUCAGGACCUGUGGAAUGCUUUGAUGAAUGAAAACUUUGUUUUUAGUUUCAAAAACACACAAGAAAUUGCAGUUUACAGAAAACUGGAGGUCCAGUAUGGAAACUGGACUUGGACCCUGAGAAGUGAAAUGCUGAAUAUUGAAAACCAACUUUAUCCCAAAAUUGAAAAGGGGCAGCUGGACAAAGUUGAGCUCAGUUACCUUUCCAAUGAAAUAACAGAAACUUACAAAGCAGUAACAGACAGUAUAGGAGCUUACUUUGAUAAUGACAAAGACAGAGAAAUGCUGGUUCAGUGGAAGGGCCGAUUUGAGAACAAAAUUAGAGAGUUUCAUGAGGAACUCUUGAGAGGUGUGAAAAGAAAACUGGAUGACGUUAUCAGGCAGAAUAAAGCUCGAAAAAAGCUUGACAAAAAGAAAACUGAGUUUGAAAACAAACUCUUCCAGAAGAGUAAAGAGCUUGCUGUUGGAUUAAAAUCCUUAGCAAAGGAUGAAGAUGAAGUAAAAGCACAGUUUAACACUGUCUGGAUUCAAUUCGCAAAGGAAUCAAACCCAGAUGCAAAACCAGUUGAGGACAUAAACUUGCAGGAUGAUGAGUUAGAUGUUCUUCUAGAUCUAGGUCUUGAACCGGGGCUCAUUAAUGAGUCACAAAAAAGCAAUGCAUACAAAAAUCUGUCAGAAACUGGGGAUUACUCUGAUUAUAUAACAAAAAAGAAGUCUAUAAGUUGCUCCAAAGUAAGUCAACAAUCUCAGGAGAGCAAGAAAAAAACAAAAACACAUGAAGAACAGGAAACAAUCAGAUUAUUCAUCCAAGAAGUUAAUAAAAGUUGUCUGGAGAUCAUUAAGACCAAACCUGUUUCAACAAGAGGUUACAGCAUAACUUACUUACAGGAACUUGCCAAAACUAUUAAAAACAGAGUGACAGAGUUUGAAUCAGAAAGGAAAUUUACAUUUAAGAAAGAGUUUAUAGUUGACCUUUCACUGUAUGUGUUUGACAGGGCAGCAAGUUGGCUUUCAGACUCUCAUAAGAUAUUCAAGCAGAACAAUGACGUGAUUACCUAUUUGGAAAGCAAAAAACAGGAAUAUUACAACAUCUUUAGAGGCUUUUGCAGAGGAAGCUCAUCUGUUGUUGUGUUUGGAGAAAUGAUGUGUGAAAAACUAAAAGUCUCUGCUAUUGAAGCCGUUUGUAACAAGACUGGGGUUGAUAUUGCUGGAGAGAUGAGGUGCAAUUUCCCAGCAUUUAGUGGCAACAGACUGAACUUAGAGAAACAUGUCUUGACAUCUCUGGCAAAAAAAGAGGACUUUAACAGUUUCAUCACCUACAUCAGAAACCCUAGAAGGCAAGUAAAAGCCUUUAUCAAAGAAGAGGUUUAUAAAUACAUGUUCACAAGACAGAAAAGUGAAGCCCAGACUAUUCUCAGGAAAAAUGUAGAAGACAUCAACAAGCUCAUCAGUCGUGCUUUGUUUGAGGCUACAGAGAAACUUCAAAAGAAGAAAGGGGACAUAAAAAACUGGUUAGAGGAGUUUUCCAUUGUAUUAGAGCCAAACUUGACACUUGAAACCAUUAAUUGUCAAAACUUCAGUGACAUAAACAACUUUGACUUUCUGAAAGAAGAGAUAGAGAAAGGCCUGAAAAUCAUCACAGAGGAAAUUAACAGUCUGUCCCUGAAUAAAGUGAAUGAAUGCAGGCAGAAGCCUGAACAAAUCCUCAUUGAUCAGCUAUAUGCAGCAACCUAUGAAUACAAGAUAAAUAUAGAUGAGUUUGCCAUGACUGUGUCAGCCAACAUCAACAAAUGCAUCGAAGACUUCAGCAUUACAAAGAACAUCACCACCCAGGCCAAACAGCAACCCUGGAUGAAUGGGAAGGUUCUAAAAUCGCUAAAAGCACUGAACUCAGCUUUCAAGUCUGGUUAUAGAGAAGAUCUGAAAACAGUGCGUGCCAACUUGAACCAUGCCAUCAGAUCAGCGAAGAAGAACCAGAAGAUCCAGCAUCUGUUCCAUGAUGCCAGGAGGAUGUGGCAAAGCAUUCAG